AGGGCGGUGAGCGCGCAUUGAGAAGACGGGUUCCCUCCCCCCAUACAAACACACGCAAACCUGGAUGCAAUUAGCAUCCUCCGUGUCAACCCCCACGCACGGACGUCGACGACUGCGAUUUCGCUGCGUACGCAUUUUCUCUUUCUUGUUAGAUACACACAUAUAUAUUGUCCGUUGUUAUUUAUAAUACCGCAGACGCACGCGCGAAUGCUCUCCGGCGGCACCAACGCGGCUGCGGCUUCAUCGUCCUCCUUUGACCGGUGGCUGAAGAGGGCGCAGCGCAAAAGAAAUCCCGCGCUUGGUGGCCUCCCCGGCGACUACCGCAAUCACGGCGGUGACUACCACGCCGAUCCACGUGGGAUGAGGCUGAGUCCUUCUCCCCGGUCAUCGCGUCAGAGUCCGUCACACCCGCCGGCCGCAUCUUCGUCGUCGGGGCUUUACGCACCGCGGCCUCAAAGCCGGCUGGAGGAGCUGGAAGGGCUCCUCUUCACUCAAAGCCAUUUUGAUCGUCAUCACCGCUCUCCAGGGAACGAAAGCCAAUCACAGCUGGACGAGUAUCAGUACACCGAAGUGAGCGACCGACCGUGUCAGCUUCCACCGACUCAGCGUUCUUUGCGUCUGCCCGUAAGUGAGGCGGAUCUUUCCUCGAUCGCGGGCGGUGGUGGUCGCCGGCCUUCGGUCAACGAACCGUUCGGCUGGGACCACGAGCUUGGCGACGCGAACCCGUUUCUGACCGGCUACAGCGAGGCAGAGCGGUACAUCGUGUGUUUGGAGGAAGAGGUGCAGACCCUGACGAUUGAGAGCGGGGAAAAAGAUCGCCUGUUGUUUGCUACAGCAGCCGGGCGUGACUCGAUGGCCCUGCAACUUGAAGAGAUGCGUCGGCGAGGGGAGCUGGAGCGCGACGAGCACGUGGCCGUGCACACCAUCACGUACAGCUUUAUGCGAACUCUUUCCUUUCUCCGAAUCUUGGAGGAGCGCAGCCGAGCCAUGGAGCUCAACACACAGAUAUCCGCGCUGAAGCACGAGCUGAAGCUGGCCGACAUGAUGCGGCAAGAGGCACACGCAACGGCGACCAUCACCGCGGCCUCGAGCGCGGCCACGCAGGAGUAUCAGCGAAGAUUGGAGGAACAGCAGUUGGCGCAAUCGGUGACGGCCACUGUCCGCAGUCUUCUGCAGCAGGAGUACGCGCGACUUGCGGAUGUGAUGUCGGAGAUGCCGCGCAAGAUGCAGGCCAUCCUCGACGAGCAGCAGACCAAAACAAAGAAGGAGACGGCGGUGGCGGCGACAACGGCAGGCGCGCUCGUAGCGUCCGCCCUCGCCGCCGCCAGUGCAGCAACGCAGCAGGAAACGCACAACCAGACGACGUCGAAAGGGCAGGACGCCGAUCACAGUGCAGGCGAUACCGGCGUGGUGCCUUCACAGACGGCGAAUGCGCUCCGCUUUCCCGACUGGGCUCGCCUUCUCGGUCUUGUCAGCCGCGUCCACCACUACCAGGAAACGGUCUCGGAUCUCUACUGUGAUGCCGUGGACGCGAAGUCCAGUUUGGUGCAGUACGAGAUGAACCUGGUGCGGCUCAUCUACGAGAAGCAGGCCUCCCUAACGUGGGCCUCGUUGUAUGAAGAGAAGAAAAGUGAGGUGCGACACCUGAAGGAGAAGUUGAUGGAGCUGCGCGGCGAGUUGCGGGCGGCGACGAGCACCGCGACGACUGGGGUCAGUCCCCGUGACGUGAACGGUGUGGGCAGCUUCGCCGGCAGUGCAAGUUCGCAAAGCUACGAGGCCUACGCCGCCCCCUACGUGCCUCUGAAAACGAAGUCCUCAACGAAUUCCAUCGAAAAGGUUGCCGCGGCCGGCGGUACGGGAAGAGCCGGUGUUGGCGGUGGCAGCGCCGUACCGACACGCGUCCCGUUCGUCACGAAGCCCAUCGCCGAGCUGCGCGAGGAGGCGCGCCGACUCGGUGCACACCCCGCCGUGCACUACCCACAGCCCGUCACGAGUCCCUCGCCGUCGAUGCCGUCUCUCUUCCGGAGCCGCACACCGGUGGAGGUGGAGGAGACGGUGCUGAGGCAGCGCUCACCCGACUGCAACGGCUCGCCGCACACGGCCUGCGAUCGGCACUCCACGCCUGCGGUGAAGAGCCCUGUCGUGGCACUCAUUCGCGCCUUCGCGCCACGCAGUGGAAGUCGAAGUUCAUCGCCGGCGACUUCGUCAGCGUCGUCUGCGUUUUCUUCCCCCGCUGCACCCGCGAAGAGAGCAGGAGUGCCGCCGGCGGUGCACUCGGAGAUGUCGGCGGUGAAGGACACGCGGGCUGCCGCACACGGCAAACGCAAAGACACACGCGCGGAUGAAAAGAAGACACGUAAGAGAACGACACACGCGUCGUCUCCCCCGCUUAUCUCCUCCGCAUCCAUGUCCUCCUCCGUGCUGUCGGAUGAUCAGCCUGCGACCCCCGUACCGGCGCCUCGCGGAACAACGAUCAAGAUGCCCGACCUGCAGCGCACCACCAUCACCACCACCGGUUCUUCCGCCUCUUCCCUUAGCUCCCACAGCUCCGUCUCCGUCAAACGACCAUCCCUUGGCAAUGUUGUGGCAGUGCCGCGUCCAACGGUAUCUUCUGCCACGUCGAAGAUAGUAGAAGUCGUUGUACCACCACCACCAGCGGCAGCAGCAGCGCAGGCGGUGCACAACUCUUUUGAUGAUGACAACGAUAGUGAGGAAGACGCGCCCGUUGUGGCGGAGAAGGCGGCUGCAACGGCGAUACAGCAACAGCAGCAAAGGUUGCUCGUGAAGACCGCGCCAUCCGCCGCCACCGCCGCCGCUGCUGCUGCUGCUCCCCGCACGUCUCCCCACAUGAACGCAGCGUCCUCAAAGGUGGAUCCGACACAGUGCUCGGACGUCAAGCAGCCCACCGUGCAGGUCAAACGCAUCUCAAUUGAUGAGACGAUGCGGGCCAUCGAACAAGCCAGAAGGGGAAGCGCGGAGAGCGACGAGGACGACACGUCUUCGCUGUCGCUGAGCAUCACCACGGCCUCCUCCAGUCCCCCUCCGCGUCCUGCUGCAAAAAAAGCGGGGGCGGCCGUGAAGCCGGCGAGUAGAAAAGCUACGACGGUGGUGCUCACGCGGAAGUCGAGCCACCCGCGUAAAUCUUCGUUUGACGAUGAUGACGAAGACGAUGGCGCAAGCAGCGGAGGCAGCACACCCCUCGCAUCCAAUGUACAGAGCACGCCUGCGGUGGGGAAGUCCACCGUGCCUGCACUCUCGAUGGCUACUUCGCCGACUCGCGCGGUGCCAGUGGCCGUUUCUGCCUCGGCCGCCUCAAAGAAACCACAAAGACUGAAGUUCCCAACGUGGUAG